AUGGGCAAGGUGAUUGGAACAGAAUGUAAUGCGAAGAAUGUUGGUCUUCUUCUUGGACCCACUGUGAAUUUGCAUCGGUCGCCUUUGGGAGGAAGGAAUUUCGAAGCAUACUCCGAAGAUCCAACACUUUCUGGAUUGUUAGGAGCUGCCUUUGUGAAUGGAGUUCAAUCGCAGGGUGUCUCAGCAUGCCCUAAGCAUUUCGUCGGCAAUGAAUGCGAAACCAAUCGGAAAAUUUCCAACACGAUUGUUGAAGAAAAGACACUGCGAGAGCUUUAUGCGUAUGCCUUCCAGGUUUUGUUGAAGGAUUCGACUCCUUGGGCGAUUAUGACCUCGUCAGUAUACCGGACUCAACAUCGAUCGCUUCAGGGUACUGAAAUUUUUGAUAGGUAUAACCUCGUGAAUGGGGUGUUCAUGUCAGAAAAUGAAACACUGCUGCAGAAUUUGCUCCGAAAAGAGUGGGGCUUCAAGGGCGCAAUAGUAUCCGAUUUUGAGGGCGUCUAUUCAACAGUACCCUCGGUGCUGGCAGGUGUCGCUCUUGAACUGCCCGGACCUGCUCGAUUCCGAGGUAAUCAUCUCUUGAAAGCUGUCAGCAGUGGUCAAAUUUCCGAAUCUCAGAUUGACUCUUUGGCAAAGGAUGUAAUCAGUCUGGCAUCAAAGGUGAGCAGCAAGGCUGAUGCUGGUUCAGAGAAAGAUAUCCCCAGAGACGAAGAGACAGCCGCACUUCUUCGGCAGAUUGCCAAUGAGGGAAUCGUUCUUCUCAAAAACAAAACAAAAACACUUCCAAUCUUUCCAUGCACAAACCCAAGAAUUGCAAUUUUUGGGUCUCCAGCAACCAUGCCAAUCAUCCAUGGAGGUGGCAGCGCAUCGCUGACCCCUUCAUACGUGGUUACUCCUUUACAGGCACUACAAGAGAGAUUUGGCAAGGAUAAUAUCAAAUACCAUGCCGGAGUGCCUAUCUUCAAGAAGAUCCCAUCCGCUCCACUAUCAUUGAUGACAACCGAAAGUGAUGGGAAGCCCGGCGUGGACUGCUACUGGUAUAAUGGAUGGACAAUCGGAGAGAAUCAAGUACACCAUGAGGUCCUGGAAGCCACACAGACUCUGGUGAUUGAGUCUCGUAUCUCCGAGCUCACUUCGAAGCACUGCAGCCAGAUGAGCUUCGUUAUUCGGCCUAAAACAACAGGGAUCCACGCAUUUGGCGUGACCGCAUGUGGAGAGAGUAUCCUUCGCGUGGAUGGUGAAAUUCUUCUGAAGCACGAUGGUUUCAAGGAUUGCCGAGUUGAAUAUGUUAUGCAACCGGGAGAUUAUGAAGUAAGAGCCAAUCUCAAAAUGGUAUCUGGUCAAGAGUAUCACGUCACAGUCGAUACCCUCUCAACCACAGCUCCGAUCCCGUCACCAAUUUUCAAGAUAACGCCUCAAGCUACCCGGGUUGGAUUCUACGAGAAUCUCGAUAGUCCCAUUGGAGAAGACAUGUUGCAACUUGCGGUUGAAAGCGACAUUUCCAUCAUUUUCACUGCAAACAAUAAAGAAUUUGAGUCCGAAUCAUUUGACCGUUUGUCAAUGUCGCUGUCUCCUCUGCAGGAUGAACUGAUCCGCGUGGUUGCCGGCGCAGCACCAAAAUCAGUACUGGUUAACCAGACUGGGUCACCUAUUGCCAUGCCGUGGAUUGAAGACGUAGAUGCGAUUCUCCAAUGCUGGUACGCGGGUCAGGAGGUGGGAAAUGCGCUGGCGGAUAUCAUAAGCGGUGAUUUGAGUCCUUCGGGCAAACUCCCUGUCACAUUUCCCCGGCGCAUCGAAGAUUCACCAUCCUUUGGUAACUUUCCUACGGAUCAUGAGAUGAAAAUUUGUUAUGAAGAGGGCCUUGAGAUGGGAUAUCGUGCUCGCAAAAAGCCUGCACCGCUGUUUUGUUUCGGAUUUGGACUCUCCUAUACCAAGUUCAAGUUUACCGAACUGGUUCUUAAGGGACUAUCUGGUACUUCGCCAGUUGAAAUGACCCUUACAACAACGGUAACUAAUAUUGGGUCCGUCGCUGGAAGAGAGGUGGUACAGAUUUAUGUGAAUGGCAUUUUGAAGAAAUUCAGUGGAGUGAUGUUGAGCCCAGGAGAAAGCCAAGACGUUGAAAUCUGUUUGGAUAAGGCUCAUGGGUAG